UCUCAUCACUGCCUUAUUAUCGCACACACACUGUCACGUGCUCGUGGGUCGCACACGCUGCAGCAGAAUGCGCAGUUCGUUGCUUGCCUUCUCACUACUUCUGGUGACGGCGUCCCAGAGUAGCGCCUCGCCACCCCAGAGGGCGGCGCUCAACUUCCUGGCGCGGCUGAACUACCUGACGCAGCUGGCAGCCUCCACGUGCAGCCAAGCCGGGCAGACCAUCUGCAAUGCGGCCUGCACACAGGUGAUCCUCUGCGUGUCAGACGGGCAGGGAGGCUUCCAGGAGGUGCCACAGGAGACUUGCUCCUCGGACACGAGGUGCAGCGCCGAGCAGGGGGCGUGCGUGGAGGGCGCCACGUCCUGUGGCAGCAGCCCGGGCAGCAGCAUCUACUGCACCGAGUUCGGCUACUUCCCGGACCCUUACGACUGCACCGUCUACCACAUCUGCCUCGCCGCCAACGUCCAGUCCACGCCGUACCAGUGCGCGGACGGCUACGCCUACAAUCCUCUCACGAGUGAGUGCAGCUUCCGGACGACGGACUCCGUCUGCACGAAUGGCCCCGUCCCUGCCUGCAUAAGUGCGGGUCAGACUGGAGCACUGGACACCGAUCCUAGCAUGUACUACGUCUGCACGGCAGAUGCUAACGGAGUACUCACUCCCCUGCUCUACAAGUGCCACAACGGAAAGGUUUAUGACCCUGAAACUUAUAGCUGUGUCGACCCCACAUCUAGCCCAGGACAGGAGACUACUGCGACCACAAGCACCGGCACGAGCACAGUCACCACCACCACCCCCAGCACGCCCAUCCCAGGAACUUUCUGCUCGCCGCCGCUGGCCAGGCUCCCCGACCCGGACGACUGCACGCGCUACUACGAGUGCAGCGAGCACUGGACGUGGGUGCACGGCGCCUGCACGUGGGGCACCUACUACAACCCCGUGCACCAGCAGUGCGAGCUCGGCUUCUGCUGAACGCGUCGCCAGCCUGCUGCGCUAAAGUCAACUGUAUCGCUACAGGCCAUCUCUAGUUCUUCACAGUUAACAGCAUCUUGUCACGAAUAAAUAUGUUGUAAAACUUGUU